CUUUUUGGGCUUGGCGGAUCGCUGGACUGGGAGCAAAGUUACUUCUUCCCUCGGGCGAGUUUUUGGGCGCUCGGCUUCUUCUGUCUCCAGCGCCUCUGAGCAACGUCCCCAAGGUAGCCCAAUGACCCUGAACCGAGGCGACAAGCUGAGAUACCUGGACAAGAGGCGUGGCAGCAUGCCUUUCGCCGUGCACCAGGCCCACCUGCACCGGCGGAGCAUGCCCGUGGACGAGCGGGAGUUGCACGCCUCCCUGCCUCAAGCCCAGCUUUCGCAGCUGGUGCGCUGCACCUCCUACAAUCCCUCUGAGGAAGCGCAACACCAGCAAGACUGGGCUUCGGACUCCUCCGACUCCGUCAUCUCCUCCGGCAGUGACUCCGACAAUAACCUCUACAAAGUCAUCCUCUUGGGCGAACACGGGGUGGGCAAGACCAGCCUGGCCAGGAUCUUUGGGGGAGUGGAAGAUUGCCCGGAUGCCGAAGAGGCUGGCAAUACGUAUGACAGAGCUAUUGUGGUGGAUGGCGAGGAAGCUUCUCUGGUGGUGUUUGACAUAUGGGAACAGGAUGAUAGCCAGUGGCUUCAGAACCAGUGUAUGAAAAUGGGAGAUGCAUACAUCAUUGUAUACUCCGUGACGGAUAAAGUCAGCUUUGAGAAGGCGUCGGAACUGAGGAUUCAGCUGCGAAGAGCAAGACAGACAGAAGACAUUCCUAUCAUUCUUGUUGGAAACAAAAGUGACCUGGUCCGAUCGCGGGAAGUCUCUGUGGAUGAAGGACGAGCUUGCGCUGUGGUGUUUGAUUGCAAGUUCAUCGAGACCUCUGCCGCUCUGCAUCAUAACGUGAAAGACCUGUUUGAGGGGAUUGUCCGGCAAAUUCGACUACGCAAAGACAGCAAGGAAGACAAUGCCAGGAGAAUGGCCAACACCAAAAGGAGAGAGAGCAUCAGCAAGAAGGCCAAGAGGUUCCUCGGCCGGAUCGUGGCCAAGAACAACAAGAAGAUGGCGUUUAAAGCCAAGUCCAAAUCUUGCCAUGACUUAUCAGUGCUUUAAACGGCACUUUGGAAGACCAGAUGCUGUGUUUGUGUGUGUGUGUGUAUGCGCGCAUGUGGGAUUGUGAACAUAUCUUUGAUUGUAAAGAGUGAAACAGGAUUAUGGACAUAAGCCACACGGUGGGAGAGAAAAGUCCUCCUUCAUGCCUUAAGGCUCCUACGCAAGACUUGGAAAGAAGAUGGCCGCGUCUUCAUCGGCAAAUGGUUUUUUAGCUUCUCUCUGUGUGAGGAACUGGACUGACCUUUCCAAUUCUGCGGCUUUGUAUGCCUGCGUCUUCACUGUGUACACUUUCUAGCUGUGAUGUGGAUGUCAGGGAUAUAAAGAUCAGAAUGAACGGUGAAUGAUCAGGGUUAUCACUUGUUUCCUUUGCAGAGCAAGACUUGAAUAAACGUACGCGGGAUCGUACACUCUUGUUCUUCAGUAUAUACUAGAAAGCAGUAAUAUUUUUUUUAAAGUAAAUGUUGGCUGGUCUAAGUGCAUUUGGACAGGAAAAAGCAAUCAAGAGAAAGCAAAAUACAGACAAAAAUAUAAUUUUUUGGAAAUUAAUUUGCACUUUCAUGGUUUAAUUUGUAAUUUGUUUACAUGAAGAUUUUAUAAUAAAGUAUUUCUGGUUACAA